AUGGCAGAUAUUUGCCAUGAUGUGGCCACUGGCGAUAUGCGAAGCUCGAGUUACAACCGGUUAUCGAUCGGUAGGGAUCUUGACGUAGACGCUAAGAAUGUACACACUGGUACAUCUUUCGAUACCAGUAAUAGCGCCAAUCGGGCGUUCCGCCUGUAUAUCCUAUGUGAGCUUGUACCUCGUUCACGCCUUGCAACUAAACAGAACGUAGCGUCGGUUUACGAUGUUGUCACACAUCUAGACGAGGAGGUGGGAGAAAUACCUGCAACGGGCCUCUUCGAUGAUAAUUAUCUGUACGUCAAAUCUGUGACGGGCGAGGCCAUCUCUCACAUGCAGUGUAGGGGUCUGCGUCGUGCAGAUGGCUUAUGCCGAAUAACGUCCAUGUAUCGCACUCUGAGGCAAUUCCGCGCCACUUCAGGACAGCUGCUUAAUAUGUUGGUGUGGGAUAAUUUGCAGCCAGCGUGGGGGAUGCUUGCAACGCGCAUGCAACUUGACCUUUGGAAAACCAACCGCCAAGCAGUGGGAUCGACGAGGGUCAUGAUACCAAUGGCAGAAUUUGCAGUUAUGAGAUCCGAUUCCACGAUCUAUCAGAAUCCUCGUGUGGUAACUCUGAAUUGCUAA